CGCUACAUCCACAGUGCGAAAGGGCUUGGGUGAGUGGUAACAUACAUCCAUCGUCAUAUAUCCUUUGCAUCCUUUCCAGUGCCAACCUCUCUCGUUCGCACUCUCCUUCCUCAUAUCGUCGACCAUAUGGCGUCCUCCUCUGCCGCUCUCCUCGCGGUGCUCGUCGUCGCGGGCUGCGCGGGCAUGGCCGCGGCCGUGUCGUACACCGUCGGCGAAGCGAAGGGCUGGGUGACCGGCGUCGACUACUCCGGCUGGACCAGCGGCAAGUCGUUCGCCGUCGGCGACACGCUAGUGUUCAGCUACGUGAGCAAAGUGCACACGGUGACGGAGGUGAGCCAGGGCGGCUACACGUCCUGCUCCGGCAGCAACGCGCUGGCCAAAGACGACAGCGGCGCCACCACCGUCACGCUCGCGACCCCCGGCACGCACUACUACAUCUGCAACAUCCCCGGCCACUGCGCCAGCGGCAUGAAGCUCGCCGUCACCGUCGCCGGGGGCGGCUCGUCCGCGGGAGGCUCCACCCCGUCCGGCGCCUCCGCUGGGGGCUCCCUGGCCCCGGCGAUGGGCGCCGUCGUCGCCGCGGCGGCGGGGGCUCUGCUCAAGGUGGCGCUGUUCUGAACGUCGGCGGGCGUGCCAGGGCAGAGGCAGUGCAGGUCAUCGGUCGCUUUCGAGGAUUUCGGUCGUCUUAAUUUCGUGUCGUGUUUGCACGUUGGUCUGCGUGCCUCCCGGGGUUUGUGGUCGUGCCAGAGCAUUAUGGAUUGUGCGUUGUGACGAAUGCUUUCUAUCCCUGACAGUUCUUUUCGUAAUAAGAAUACUUUGUG